GCUUGUUCCACUUGCUCAUUACUGGCGAUUGUCGAUCGAAUGUCGAAAGAAGUCACCUAAGAAACAAUUUGUGCUCAUACCGGGUUACUGCCAUCAGUAAAUAACAACACCCCGUGGGAAGUAAAUAAGAACACCCCGUGCGAAGUAAAUGGAGAGGCUCCCCCCGGAUACAAUCACAGAACGGGAAAUUACUAGUUUCCAAGAAGAUGGGGCUAUUUGUUUACGAGCUGUGUUCUGUCAGAAAUGGGUUGAUCUCUUGAGGAAGGGAAUAGAGCACAAUCGCCUCCAUCCAUCCGAAAAGACAAAACGCAAGGGUCACUCUCCUCUGUUUUUUCACGACUACGACAACUGGGAAGACAUUCCGGAAUACAAGGAAUUUCUUCUCCACUCCCCAGUUGCAGAGGUAGCGGGACGACUUUCCCGGUCUGCGAAAAUCGCGCUGUAUUCCAAUCACGUUAUCGUGAAAGACAGCGGGUCAACGGUGGAAACACCAUGGCACCAAGAUCAGGCUUACUAUGAAGUCGAUGGACAACAGGUAUGUUCCGUGUGGCUUCCUGUCGACCCACUCACAGAGCACACGUGUCUCCGUCUUGCGAAAGGUUCUCACAAGUCACCUAACUAUUUCAAACCGGUUCACUUUAACGGCCCUCUAUUCAGCCCUUACGAAAUCAAACCUGGAAAAGAAGAGCAAGCGAAAGAGUUUCUGUCGCCAGAUUUUGAUGGAAACGACCAAUACCAAAUCCUAUCCUGGAAUAUGGAGCCCGGAGACUGCAUUGUUUUUCACAUGAAAACGGUUCACAGUGCUCAUGGUAACAACCUACAAACGCCGCAUCGAGCCUUCUCCACAAGGUGGCUUGGUGACGACGCGGUCAAGGGUGAACGACCGUGGAUGAAUUUGCCACCAAGCACUCAGAUGAAUGGUUUAGUAAAAGGAGAUAAACUCGUCGAUUCUGGAUCAUUCCCCGUUGUUUGGAACGUGUAAUGGAAAUUUUUGCUGAUUUCUGAUCAAUGGUUAAUGGAUUUGCUGUUUUGACUCAUUCAGAACGGUUUUAAACGGGCUGGCCUUUUAACAUAAUAUAGAGAAAAGAAAGCCUAAAAGGAUAAAAAUCAUAUACUAAAGGCUGUUAGAAGCCUAGAAAGGAGCGGUGCAAUUUUUCUUUAAAACAGAGCGAGGUCUCCUCACAUGAAAAGUAUUCUGAUUCAAGGGACAUUAAUUUUGACAGACAGUUCCGUCAAGGAUAACCGAGCAUGUACUUUAGGUGUUCACUUUAAUAGUUUACCGAACCUAUAAUUAACAUGAACAGUUUUCUGUACUUAGCAUUUUCUGUACAUUAAAUGGAACAAC